AUGGCUCCUCCUCCUCCAAUCAUCAUCGACGCAGACGUCGUGUCCGGCAUCACGGGCUCCAUUUCUUUGGCCUGUUGGAUCAUCGUUUUCGCCCCACAGAUCCAUGAAAACUUCAGACGCAAAUCGUCCGAUGGCCUCUCGUUAGCAUUUGUCAUUUUAUGGUUGGCCGGUGAUGUGUUCAACGUGUUGGGUGCUGUAAUGCAAGGCGUUUUGCCCACCAUGAUCAUUCUUGCCGUCUACUAUACCUUGGCAGAUAUUGUUCUUUUGUACCAAUGUCUAUUAUACGGAAACGGGCUGCAACCAGACUAUGUGCACUUGUCACCUGCCAAUCCAAUUGGUGAGGAUGUCCUCGAGACAGUUUUGUCUGGAGACUAUAAUCAUGUUGAGGAGGAAACUUCCGAGAACCGCAAGAACAGCCCUCUCGUCAACUUCUUCUACAAGCUGCUCAUGGUCCUCCUUGUGAUCUCUGCUGGUUUGAUCAGUUGGUACAUUUCAUACUUGAGAAGCGACGGCAAGAAAAAGGCCCCCACGGAUCUUGAAUUCGAUCUUUUGGGACAGAUCUUUGGCUGGUUGUGCGCUGCGUUGUACUUGGGGUCGCGUAUUCCUCAGAUGCUUCUCAACUAUCAGAGAAAGUCGUGCGAGGGUGUUUCAUUUAUGUUUUUCUUGUUUGCAUGCAUCGGUAACUUGACAUAUGUCAUCUCUAUCUUGGCAAUUGAUAUGAGUUGGCACUACAUCUGGAUCAACUCCUCAUGGUUGGCUGGCUCCUUGGGUACUUUGGCCUUGGACUUGGCUAUUUUUGUGCAGUUUUUCCUCUACAACGAGAACAGUGACGACUCUCUGUCCUCCACCAAAACGAGAGAUACAGAGGCUUUGUUCGUUGAACAAAGCGAUACCUAUGCCUCCACCAACUAA